UCUUAAAUGAAGCCAUGAAAACCUCCAAAGGUCUAUCAGCCAGCGUUUGCUUCCGCUUUGUAGACACCUACAARUACAUGCUUUUUUUUUUUGACCWGAUAAACUUAGAAUGCAUAUUUCCAGACAAUCUUUUUUUUUUAUCCUURGAAUGGRACAUUGGAMGACAUGAAUUUUURAUUUUUUUUUAAGCCACUGCYUUGAGCCAUAUUUUAGACCCACGACCCAAGCCUCCACUCCUCAUGUUCGGACCGUUUGGGACUGGUAAAACUAGGAUUUUUUUUUAAGCAGUUAAAGAACUUUGCAGACUGCAUUCUGGGAAUCCGGAUGAGAAUCUUCGUAUUUUGAUAUGUACUCAUUCUAACAGUGCCGUUUUUUUUUAYAUAGUGAACUAUCUUCAUCCGUACUUUACGUCRUCUGUUUUUUUUUGUGAGUUGUGUAAAACUCUAAGGAUAUGUUGGGAGGAUCUUUUUUUUUAGACAGUCAGUUCUACUGUGUUGAAAUAUUGCUUCAUCAUUUUUUUUUCAGGUAAAGAUAUUAUAUAG